AACCAUCACAAUGGCAAAGGGGAUCUCGGUCCUCAAAUUCGUGGGCACCGUGUCCCUCGGACUGCUGACGGGCGUCUCAUACACCGUGUCGACGCUCACCCUCCCAACCCUCCUCACCCUCCCGUCCUCGUCCUCCGCCGCCCACGGCCUGGCCUCGCUGCAGUCCUCCCUCCGCCUCCCCGUCCUCGCGCUCUCGUCCCUGGCCGCCGCUCCGCUCUUCCUCUCCUUCGUCUUCUCUCCGCGCUACGCUCGCCACCCGUAUCUCUUCUACACCUCUCUUCUCGCCGUGCUGUCCGUGGCCGUCCCCGGAUACCUUCCCCAGCCGGUUACCCCAGCUUCGAAGUCUGCCGGCGCCCGCAGGGCUACGUCGUCCAGAGCCCGCAUGGAGGCCAGCUACGAGGUCCUCGGCGAUUCACACAGCGAGGGAGACUUACCCAGCGAGUCUGAACUGGAGGAUGCCAAUGGCGAGGAGGUCAGGGCCAGCGUUGAGGGCGCCGCGAGGGCAUAUCUCGUCCGGACCGGCUUCGCUGCCGCCGCGUUUGUGCUGUCUGUGGUUGGGCUCUGGGGUGAUGGUGCUCCCCGAACUGUCCGCUACUACUAG